AUGGUUAGAAGGAAUAAGCGGACAAACUGUGGUCCUCGGGCGCAGGUCCACUGUCAGUUGGUGGUGGUGGAAGUGGUUAAGACUGGAGGCAGGAAAAAAAGAGAGCCUUUCUGUCACCAGGUGCGCAAGUUCAAGGACAGAAUUAAACGUCUGGAGGAGCUUUUAGAGGUCAGGGUUAGAGAUUUCAACGCUGAACACAAAAAAAGCUAUGAAACCAUCACAAAGCAGGAGUCUGAAAUCUCCCAUCUUAAGAAAAGCCUCCAACUCCAGGAGGAGAAGAUGCAAGCCGCUCAGCUACUAAGCAAGCAGGAAAACGAGAUGAUUGUCACCAGGUAUGAGGCCCUGAAGAAAAACCUCUCAGACCAAAACAAGGAGGUGUUUGUGUUUACGGCCACAGUUGCAGGCCCAAGAACUGAAGAGCCUCAUACUGAGAGUAAGGUGGUCCAGCUGCAGGCUCAACUCCUUAAGAAGGACGCUGAGAUCCAGGAGCUCAGCAAGAGAACUGACACUCUGACACAGAUAAUAAGUAACACCUCAAGCCUGAUGUCAAGACGAAGAGAGGAACACCUUCAGAGCAACAAGGCUUGGGAGGCCAAGUACAAAGCUUUGGAGGACGAGAAAAGAGCUUUGGAGGACAAGUCCACCAAAGGCCUGGAUGAGAAAUGUCUGCCACCAGAACAACAGGGUCAGAUCACUGAGAUGAAGGCACAGAUUGAGGAGAUGGAGGCUGACAUCAAGGUGCUCACCAGUAGGAAGGAGCGUAUGUUUCAGGUCCUCACCACUACCAGAAGCCAGCUUGAGAGCAAAGAUGCUGAACUUGUCCAGUGUGACAAAGCUUGGGAGGCCAAGUACAAAGCUCUGCAGGACAAGUUCGAAAAAGACCUAGCUGAACAACAACAGAGCUGGGAGUUCAAAGUCAUCAAGAUGACAGAGGAGAAGAGAGAACCUGAGUGUAUCAUCAAGGACCAGGCUAGGAAUGGAACAUUCUGGGAGGAGAAGUACAAUGCUUUGGAAGACUUGACCAGAGAGCUGGCAGGGACACAACAAGGCUUAAUGACGCUUCAAACUCAACAUCUAGAGCAGGUCACUGAGCUGGAGGAACAUGUCCAGGAGAAGGAUGCUGAAAUCCAGCUGCUCUCAAAUGACCUAGCUGAGAAAAAACAAAGUUGGGAGACGAAAGCAAAGCAGUUUGACCAGGAGAGAGAGAGACUGGAGGAGAGUUCAAGAAACCUUGAGUCUCUGCAGGUUGAACUCAAGGAGAAGGUGAACCAGAUGGAGGAGCAAGUCCACCAGAGGGACACCGACAUCCUGGGUCUCUGCGAGGAGAAGGAGUCUCUCUCUCAGCAGCUCCAACAGACCAAGAACAUGUUGAACAUUGUACGAGCUGAUCUCCUUCAGAGUGAGACUAAAUUCAUCAAGAUAACAGAGGAGAAGAAAGGACUUGAGGAGAGUUUGGUGAUGAAGGAAAAGCUGAUGGAGAACGACAAGAAGGAAUGGAAUGACGACAAGAAGGAAUUGGAGGACUGUUGUCUGAACUUGAACAGGAAGAGGAAAAGCUUCUUGUUUUUCAAGAAGAAGAAUCCCGACAACAGAGAGGAGGAGCUGCAGAUGAUCAAAAGCAAAAUGCAGCGGAAGGAACUUAAAAAGAAGGAGAAGGCUGAGAAGAAUGGGUUUGUUGGCUGGAUACACAAGAACAAGUCUGAAGCUGACAAUAAGGUGGUUGAGGAGGCUGCUGCUGGUUGUUCAGCUCAGGCUGGACAACAGUAG